ACAAGGGUUAGUCAUUUACAUUGAAGUAUGAGAUACAGAUGAGAAAAAAUCAAACCGGCGACCGUUUAGAGAUGUACAAAAGGGACGGAAGUAGGUGGGUAGAAGAGCCCACCCAUUCCACUGUUACCACAAAUAGAAUUAAUGCUCACCAAGACACUAUGGAAUUAUGGCAAACGAUAUCGAAUCUGGCAUCAGCUAAUCAACAGCUUGCCGCUGCACACAGUUGUACCCUGAAUCAACUCCAAUGGUGUUUUAAUGAAUUCAGAAAAUCACAGAGGCAAUUUGUUGGUUAUGAAAUUAGCGAAAAGCAUAGAAAUGCUAAAACUUCUUGUUCGGGAGCGAAAAAUAAAGAGAACCACACCAAAAUGUACACUGAAAAACCACGUCUUGCGACAAGCAAAUUGUCAAGUGCCAUUAUUAAAGCAAUGAAUAGAAGGUUGAGAAGAAGAAAGAAACUUUCAACUACUAAUGAAUUUCUUAAUAUUAACAUAAAUAAUAAAGGCACAAAAUUACAAGAUAUUGAAACUGAUUUUAGAAAAGAAAUUGAAGAGUUGAAAAUUCUAAGAAUGGAAUCGCAAGCAAAGAACGAAAUAUUAACAAAUGAUCUAAAGGACCAAAGACUACUGAUCGAACAAUUAACACAGGAUUUCGAAGAUUCACGACAAGAGUGUGAGAAGAAAGAGAAGAGCUUGGAGCAGGUGUCAGGGAAGCUGAGGAGAUCGGAGCUGGAGAGUGCCACACUGCUCGUCAAGCUGGAAACAUUCCAAUGUGAGAAGUGCAGUGACGCAAAAAUUACAAAGGAGGAGGCGGAGAAAAUUUUGAUUUUGAAAGCGAGACUGGUGAAGCAGGACGAAGAAAAUAAAAAGCAAUUGUUGAAACUCAAUGAAGCCACGCAACGGAUUCGUGAACUCGAAUCGACCAUUCAAGAACUUACCACAGCCGAAGCUUUACAAACGAAUGAGUCGGAAAAUUCACAACCCAGUACGAGCGUUUCGGCAGCAACGAAUAACGAGGAAUUUAAGAAGGAAUUGAUGCUAAAACGAGAGGCAAGACAGCGCGCCAUUGCCGCAAUUUCUGCGGAAAUGGAUCGUCUUAAAAGUGAGCUCGAACGUGAAAGGCUCGCCCAUUCAGAAACAAUGAAGCUACUCGAAAAUUUGAAACAGGCUCAAGGAAAAUCGAGCACUGAAUUAAAGACUGAUGAUAAGGCCAACUUGAAACAGAAGACUGAUAAAAAUACCUCGGAUCGUGUGGAAGCUUUACGGCUUUUCGAUGUAUUGAAGAUAUCGGACGAAGUAACAAACAAUCUUUGGCUCCAAUUAGAACGGACUGAUGAUUUGCGCUUCCAAUUAGAAAACGAUCCUGACGAGCAUCGACUCCGUAUCGCUUCUCUUAAACGACUGUCCGAGGAUACGCGGACAAAGUUGCGCUUUCGUAAACAGCAGGUGAACUUAUUAAAGGACAGACUGGCACAGAUUUUGGUACGAAUGGGAGAUCGAUGUUUCCUCGAUGAACCCGACGACAUCAGAAUAGAGGCCGAAAGGCAAAUAGAAGAUAUCGGUCGCUCGCGCAAUAUUUGUGACGAGCGAUCGAGGAUUCUAGCUGAACUUAAGGAUCACUGUUUCAAGGAAAUUCACGAACUAAAGCUCAAACUUGACAAUUCCAAAAAAGAUAAUCAAAACUUGGAAGAAGAAUUGAACAAAAUCGAAGAUAAAAUGGAUGCGCAAGAUGCAGAAAUCUUGAAUCUGGAGUCGCAGCUUGGCCUAUCUAAAGCCGAUUGUCGAGAUUUGCAGAACCAGAUGUCGGUCAUUAACAGCCUCUUCACCCAGAUGCUUCUUGGUGCUUCGUCAGCCGAAAUGGAUCUCGAUCGCUUAACUCGGCUAUUGCAGGAAAAUCACGAUCUUAUAAGCGAGAUAGCAAAGGAAAAUGGUACCGAGGCUGCAGCUCUUCCAAAAUUAUUGCUGGAUAUAAUCCAACAAGUCGAUGGAAGAGCGCGUGAAAAUGAAGCGAAAACGGAAGAAGAUGAUUUGCAACAAGAAACUAUAGCACACAAUUUACCUAAGGUAUGGCGUGUAUUAUUGGAAUUAUUAAGCUGUCAUGCUGUAAGAACUCCUGGAUCAGAUGCAUCAUGCAACAGUAAUACGGAAUCUGCUCCGGACAGUUGUUACAAGUCUGUUGAUACACCAACAGGUCCACGACUAGUUAUAUCAGUUAGUAAGACUUACAUCCGUCUUAAAGAGCUUAUUCUCGAGAAAAAGCAUCUUGAAAAAGAAAUGAAUCGAAUGAAGCAACUUAAUACGCACCUUGAAAGUAAAUUAUCCGAGCAGGAAAAGCGUCUUUCUACAGUUUCUGAUGAAUUAAGUAAAACGUGGAAUAUUGUUGGUCGAAUGCAAGCUCAACAUCAACAACUUCAUACACAUGAGAAAAUUUUACGUUACGAGCUUCAACAAAAAAGAAAAAUGCUGCAAGAAUUAAAACAAGAACUUGAAUAUUGCAGAGAGAAAUGGGAAUCAGCAAGGCAGAAAAACACAAAUACAGAAAUGGAAUGGAAAAGUCUUCGUCGAGAAUUUGCAGCUAGGAAAGCUUUAGUUAUUCAUGCCGAUUCAUUUAAUAAUAGUGGAGAAAGUGGAUUUAGUGAUGAAAGGGAGGAAGAAUCUGACGAAGAUGAAAAUGAUGAAAAUAUUGGAAAGAGAAUUCGACCAAUUAAUUCACGAAGGCGUCUAAGAAAAGACGGUGCAAAAACAAUGGUGAAUGAUACAGAGUCAGAGCAACCAACGGAUAAUGAACUAUCAGAGGCAAAAACAGUAUCGUCGUCGACAUCGGGUCAAAGAACUCCCACGCCAGAAACGGAGACUGAAUUAGAGAAUUCUGAAAUCAUCGAAGAAGACACUUUUCCUAAUGCAAUUGUAUCCGAUAUUUCACAAAUCUCCGAUAAUACAAUCUAUGAUCCGCUUGACAAAGCACUCACUAAUGUCAUUCAGCAACUUAUAGACACAGAUGAAUCAAAUUAUAUUGAAGCUUCUUCUAUAAGCGGUUCUGACAGCGAAAACGUUACAGUUGAUUCAAGUUUAGAGGAAAUAAAAGUUAAAAAAAUACCAGCAACCGAAAAUUCAAAUGAUCAAAAUGUAACUUUUUCAAUUAGUAUUCAAAGUUCAAACGAAGCAAGUGAAAAUAUUAUACAAAAAGACAUAGUAACAACCUAUCCAACAUCUGUGUUUACGAUUGGUCCAAUUCCUAAUCAAAUAGUAACAUCCACGAAUAAUGAAUUCAGUGGUCAGGUACGUGAAAGUCAUUCGAAUGUACCAUUAGAAAACACAGUAGAAGUAAAUACGAACGAGUCAAACGUUUCAAUGCAAAUGGAUGAUAAAGUUCCUCCAAAGACAUCCGAAUUAUUUUUAGAAAUGGAUAAUGUAUCAAUUGCUUCUUCAUCCAGUUUCGAAACAGUAAAAGAAUUUUCAGGUGAUCAAUGUGAGAUAAAUACUACUUUAUCGCCGGAAGUAAUGACUGUAUUAAAAGGGCAAACCGAAACAAAUGAAUCCAUGGAUAUUGCAGUAAUAAAUGAUUGCCCAUCUAUGGAAGUAUUUGAUGAGCGUGCAGCUAGGCUGCGAAAUUUGGAAGAACAGGCAGAAUGGUUGGUAAGGAGAGUAAAUGCGACCAAUCGUCGAAGUUCUGACCUAAGUUCAAGGCUAGAAGUACUCCAUGAAACUUAUGGAUCAACGUCGGAAGCUCCACCAAUACCGGACAUUUUAUCUACUUUUGAAUUACAAACUGAUAGAAGUGAAAGUGAAAAUAGUGCAACUGGUGUUCAUAUUGGCAAGAAUGAAGAAAAAAUUCACGAUGACAAGGACUUAUUUUAAAAUUAUAUAAUGCACGGGACAUAUU